AUGAGCGCAACCAACCCGUCCAGCCGGACCAUGAAGCUUGCUAUACGCACCGUCAUCAGGAUGAUCAGCAAAAUCGCACUCGCGAGCAGUCUGCUCACUGCUAGUGUCAACGCCCAGGGCGUCGGCACGCAGAAGACUGAGACUCACCCCGCGAUGACCUGGCAGUCUUGCACUUCCCCGUCAAGCUGCACUACCAACAGUGGCGAGGUUGUCAUCGAUUCCAACUGGCGAUGGGUCCACGACAAGAACGGCUACACCAACUGCUACACGGGCAACACGUGGAACGCGACGAUAUGCCCCGACAACAAGAGCUGUGCCGCAAACUGUGUGCUCGAUGGAGCUGACUACUCGGGCACCUACGGCGCCACCACGAGCGGAAAUGCUCUGUCGCUCAAGUUUGUGACCCAGAGCUCGGGCAAGAACAUUGGCAGCAGACUGUACCUCAUGGAGUCCUCCACCAAGUACAAGAUUUUCAACCUGCUCAACAACGAGUUCUCCUUCGACGUCGAUCUGUCGAAGCUGCCCUGCGGCCUCAACGGUGCGCUGUACUUCGUGUCUAUGGACGCCGAUGGCGGUAUGGCCAAGUACUCCACCAACACAGCCGGCGCCAAGUAUGGUACUGGAUAUUGCGACAGCCAAUGCCCACGUGACCUGAAGUUCAUCAACGGAGCGGGUAACGCUGAGGGAUGGAAGCCCUCUACGAACGACGCCAACGCCGGAGUCGGUAACGUUGGAUCUUGCUGCGCCGAGAUGGACGUGUGGGAGGCCAACUCGAUCAGCACGGCCUUCACGCCUCACCCGUGCACCAACUCCGCACAGCACAGCUGUGCCGCCGAUGCAUGCGGCGGGACGUACUCGUCGACGCGGUACGCGGGCGACUGCGACCCCGACGGGUGCGACUGGAACGCCUACCGCAUGGGCAACAAGGACUUUUACGGCCCCAGCAAGACGGUCGACACGACCAAGAAGUUCACCGUCGUGACGCAGUUCAGCUCCACCGCCAUCAAGCAGUACUACAUCCAGAACGGCGUCAAGAUCCAGCAGCCCAACUCCACCGUCGCCGGCCUCACUGCCUACAACUCCAUCUCCACCGCCAUGUGCACGGCCCAGAAGACCGCGUUCGGCGACCAGGACGUCUUCAGCCAGAAGGGCGGCCUGUCCGGCAUGAACAGUGCCCUCAGCAAGGGCAUGGUUCUUGUCAUGUCCCUGUGGGAUGACCACUACGCCAACAUGCUCUGGCUCGACUCCUCCUACCCCGUCAGUGCUGACACGAGCAAGCCCGGUGUUGCCCGUGGCACAUGCGCCACCAGCAGCGGUGUCCCCUCUGACGUUGAGUCUGCGAACGCCGACUCCACUGUCAUUUACUCCAACAUCAAGUUCGGCCCCAUCGGCUCCACUUACUAG